AUGAACACUAUGGUAAAAGAAACCACCGCCCAUGAGCACGAGGCAGUCUCACCGCCUAUGGAAUAUGUAUCUGCUGACGACUCGCCCGAUUCAUUUCCGGAUGGAGGUUUGCAUGCGUGGCUCGUGGUUCUGGGCUCAUGGUGCGCUUGUCUACCAUCUUUCGGGCUCAUGAACAGCACUGGCGUAUUUGCCGACUGGCUUUCGACCAAUCUGCUGAGCGAGUACUCGCACUCGUCAAUAUCCUGGAUUUUCAGCGUGUAUAUGUUCUUCUUAUUAGUUGGUGGUGUUCAGUUUGGGCCGAUAUUCGAUCGUUAUGGGCCGAAGCACUUGCUUGUUUUCGGCACGAUUGGUCUCACGACGGCUGUUAUGGUAUUCAGUGUCUCAAAAGAAUACUACCAGUUCAUGCUCGGCUUCGGCGUCCUCGGGGGGAUCUCCGCAUCCAUGGUCUUUACCCCCAGCGUCUCCAUCGUAAACCACUGGUUCUACACCGGUCGUGCCCUCGCCACAGGGAUCGUUGCAACGGCCGGAAGUAUCGGCGGCAUCAUCUUCCCACAAAUUUUCAACGCUCUCGUGUCUUCGGCAGGGUUCGGCUGGGCUAUUCGCACCCUCGGCUUCAUUACUCUCACCCUUUGCAGCACUGGCGCGCUCCUCCAGCGAUCACGCCUCGAACACCGCAAGACAAGCCGCCGGACAGUUGAUUUCCGCCCCCUCCGUGAACCAGUUUUUACCUUGACUACCCUUGCAAUUAUGUUCGCUGACAUCGGCGCCACCAUUCCGCUAACAUACCUCACCUCGUAUGCGCGCGCAAAUGGCAUGACUAUAACCCAGUCCUACACGCUCAUGUCAAUUCUCAACGCAACCUCUAUUCUUGGCCGGCUUCUCCCAGGCUAUGCAGCAGAUCAUUACGGUCGUUUUAAUGCCAUGGUCGUGACGACUGCCGUCUCCGGGAUCCUCACGCUCUCACUCUGGCUGAAAUCAGGGUCGAACGGGGCCGCCGUCAACAGCUAUGCUGCUCUUUUUGGGUUCUGGAGCGGCUCGGCUAUUAGUCUCAGCCCUGUAUGCGUGGCGCAGAUUUCCAAUACCGAAGACUUUGGGAAAAGGUACGGCACGGCGUAUAUCUUUGUGGCGCUGGGCGUGCUUGUGUCGUUGCCGAUUGCCGGGGAAAUUCUUAACGUGCAGAGUAGCGAUGGGGUGGAGAAGUAUUGGGGAUUAAUUCUUUUUUGCGGGUUGGCUUAUAUCGUCUCGGUAGUGCUGUUCGUUUGCGCCAGGGGACUCGGUACGCGGUGGGCGGUGCGGAAGAUAUAUUAG